GGGGGAGCGGGGGGAGCGGGGGGAGCCGGCCCCUCCCCUCCAAGCUCCUGCUGCCCCUCGCUGAGGCCCAGGAGGAGGCAGGGUUGCCCUGCUCUCCCACCCUGGUGGUGAUGGAGGGACUGGAGCCGCUCAUGUCCGGCAUCCACAACUGGAACUUCCCCAUCUUCGACCUCGUGGAGCUCACCGGGGGGGCCUGCGGUCAAAUCCUCAGCCAGGUCACGUACCGCUUGUUUGAAGACACGGACCUCUUUGCGCUCUUCAAGAUCCCGGUGGCGGAGUUCAUGCGAUACUUCCACGCCCUGGAGAGCGGGUACCGCCACAUCCCCUACCACAACCGAAUCCACGCGACGGACGUGCUCCACGCCGUGUGGUACCUCACCACGCAGCCCAUCCCCGGAUUCCCCGAGGUCCCCCGCGACCCGGACGACACGGCCGCGUUCACAAAGUCGCGCACUUGGGGCGCGACGGGAGACGUGGAGUCGGGGUCCUCCGAGUGGCAGGCGGGCGACACGGAGUCGGGGUACGGGUGCCUGGCGUCGGUCAUCCCCGCGCUGGAGCUGAUGGCGCUGUACGUGGCGGCCGCCAUGCACGACUACGACCACCCGGGCCGCACCAACGCCUUCCUGGUGGCCACCAGCGCCCCGCAGGCCGUGCUGUACAACGACCGCUCGGUGCUAGAGAACCACCACGCAGCGGCAGCCUGGCACCUGCUGAUGUCACGGCCCGAGUUCAACUUCCUGCCGGGGCUGUGCCACGCGGAGUUCAAGAGGUUCCGAUUCCUCGUGAUCGAAGCCAUCCUCGCCACCGACCUCAAGAAGCACUUUGACUUCCUCGCCGAGUUCAACGCCAAGGUGAGCGGCGCGGACGGCACGGGCAUCGACUGGAGCCAGGAGAACGACCGCCUCCUCGUCUGCCAGAUGUGCAUCAAGCUGGCGGACAUCAACGGGCCGGCCAAGAUCCGGGACCUGCACCUGCGCUGGACCACGGGCAUCGUGAACGAGUUCUACCAGCAGGGCGACGAGGAGGCGACUCUGGGUUUGCCCGUGAGCCCCUUCAUGGACCGCACGGCGCCGCAGCUCGCCAAGCUCCAGGAGUCGUUCAUCACGCACAUCGUGGGGCCGCUGUGCCGCUCGUACGACUCGGCGGGCCUCAUGCCGGGGGCCUGGGUGGAGCGCGGCCCCGACGAGGCGGGGCGGUCCGAGUCGUCGGACGACGAGGACGUCGACGAGGAGGACGAGGAGGAUGAGGAUGAGGACAGCGAUGAGGACGGCGACACGCGGCACGCCAAGCGAAUGAAGAAGAAACGCCCGCGCAAGUACUUCUGCCACCUGACGCACCACCUGCUGGAGAACCACGAGAUGUGGAAGCGAGUGAUCAAGGAGGAGGAGGAGGCGGCGGAGGAGAAGGAGGAGAAGGAGGAGGAGGAGAGGAGGAGGAAGGCGGAGAGCGCGAUCGCGCCGGCCCGCCGCAGGAGACCGUCGGACCCCGAGGCCUCGUCCCAGGGUCGGGGGUCGCCGACGACGACAGCGACGAUGGCGGCGGAGGAGGAGGGGGAGGAAGGUGGCGACCGGCGGCAGUUCAGGCCCUGUGACGGUGACGACAGCGCCGCCGAUGAUGGCGAUGGCGAUGAGGACGACGGUGGAGUCGGCCGCGACGACGGGCGCGGAGCGGCGCGCGGCGCGAGCCGCUCCGACCCCCACCGCGUGCGGCGGAGGAAGAGGGCUCGCCGGUGCAGCCACGAAGGCGCCGCUUCUCACGCGUGACGCGCCAAAGAGGGACUGGGUGCGUGCGGUGGUGCGAGGCCUGCACGGAGCGAAGCCUGCACGAGGUUUGAAUGGGCGAGGCCUACCCGAGGCCUCACGGGAUGAGGCCUGGGCGAGGCCUGCACGGAGCGAAGCCUACAUUAGGUUUGAAUGGGCGAGGCCUACCCUAGGCCUCACGGGGUGAGGUCUACCCUAGUCCUCACAGGGCGAGGCCUGGGUGAGGCCUGCACGGAGCGAAGCCUGCAUGAGGUUUGAAUGGGCGAGGCCUACCCUAGGCCUCACGGGGCGAGGCCUGGGCAAGGCCUGCACGGAGCGAAGCCUGCAUGAGGUUUGAAUGGGUGAGGCCUACUCGAGGCCUCACGCAGCGAGGCCUACCCGAGGCCUCACGAGGCAAGGCCUGGGCGAGGCCUCACGGAGCGAGGCCUUCGCACGACAAGACCUGGGCGAGGCCUCGCAAGGCGAGGUCUGCGUGAGGCCUUCACGGGGCGAGGACUACGUGGGUCCAUAUAGGGUAACGUAAGGGACCAGGUACCCCAAGCGCCAUCUAUGAAGCGCUGUGCAGGGCUGCAAGCCUAAGGCCUCGCCUGCGCCGCGGCUCUGAAUGUCCCAUGGCCGUGUUUCUUGUAUUUAAGCACAAAAAAAGAAACGUGUUUGUUUUUCUCUCUCUCUCUCUGUCACAAAAAAGCUCUUCACGAUGUAAUCUUCCCACACUUGAGCACUUGGAGGGGUCCCCAGUGGUGAAUGCCUUCGUCCGGACCCCUCCCGUUCUUCCCUCUCAGGGUUUUGAGUCACGUUUUGUACCGCAGGAACAUGCACACCACCUCUCUAGCCUUGUGGAGUGAGUAGCCCCGUAGUGUCCCGUCGGUUUACCCCCUAACCCCACGAACCCCACGACCCCCACCACCCCCAUCCGAUGGAAGCAUAUUUUACGAAGUAAUAAUAAUUUAGUCUUAAGGUAUAAAUGUUGAUGGACGCAAACGGUACGAGCGUUGAUGACGACGACGUAAAAUCGAUUCGCGAUUGAACUUUUGGGCUAGGCACCCCCAUUCCCCCCCGCCGCCUUCUCGUCCUGUAAUGGUUCGGGCCAAAUUGACGCCGUUAAGAAGCCUCCAACCACACCCGACCGGCGGAAAUGAUUUUGAAUCGUCGCCCGUAACAUGGGCAUCGUAAAUAACGACAAUGAUCGUUUCGACCGGCUCAACGGUUCAGUUUGAGAGAACGAUCUCUCACCUACCGGAACUCCGGCGAAUGUGGCGGGCGGUGUCACCUGCCACACACAAUUGCGACUCGCAUCCGACGCAACUUCGGGUAACUCCAGGAAGCCGGCGCGAGACGCUCGGUGCAGUCCGAAGUGAAAUGCCGCAUGCACCUCCAUUGUUUCCAACGUGGUCGCGAUAACACUGGUCAACAAAAAAAAAAAAAUUCUGGCCUGGACUUUUGCAGCUGUUUUAGACUAAUUUCAGGGUGCUGAUUCCAAAUCUGAUCUCAGAUUUGCUCUAUCACAUCUCAUUUUGAUGCUAUCGCCAUACCCCAUUUUUAUUGAUUUUACCCGAAAUUAACUCUGUCACUUAUGAUUGCGAGUUGUUGUUGCGAGUCAGUGACUGCUUUAGUGUUAAAAUGCGGUGCUGUAUUUUUAGGAUAGUGUGUUCAUAAUAUCAUUUUAUGUAGAUGUCCACAUUCAUUUAAUAUUUUUCUUCCGCAGUUUUUAUUGAAAAUGCAAUAUUUGAUAUCUCAAAAAACUGAUGUGAUGGACAACAACUGAUGCCAGAUUUGGAAUCAGCACCCCAAACUUACCUUAAAAACCCGUUGGAAUACCUUAUGCCAGAAAAAGUGUGUUGACCAGUGUAAUCUUUCCGCAGCAUUUCCCGGCGCGCUCGCUAGCAAAUGCUCGCGCCCCGGUGUGGAAAUCCGGGCGACGUUUCGCCGGUCGGGCCCUAUGCAGGCUUCUUUACAACGAACAUUUGGGCUGACCCCCCCCCCCCCCCCCAAAAAAAAAGAAAAAACACUCCCGCUACGAGCCAUGAAGGCCACGUGUUCACCCGGUGUUACAUGUUAUCGUUGUUUGACGUUGAUGCGUGCGUACGUGCGCGUGGUGGGCUUUUCGGAGCCGUUCUUCUCCCCCCUCUCCGGCCUCCCCAACAGGUCGUCGUUGUCUGGGGGCUAAGACAACGUGGUAGUCGCAGCAGCAGCAGCAGCAACCAACAGAUGGCGAGUUAAAUUUCGAUUUAAAGCUUUCGUGACUGCAGGGAUUCAUCUUCUUGGUUCUUUCGGUAAAGUCACGUAGAAGGGAAAUAAUAAAAUAAUAAAAAUAAAACAUUAUAAAAUUUCGAUUUAAAGCUUUCGUGACUGCAGGGAUUCAUCUUCUUGGUUCUUUCGGUAAAGUCACGGAGAAGGGAAAUAAUAAAAUAAUAAAAAUAAAACA